GAUGUCCAACAAAGACCACCAACAAAACAGAACUGGUACAUUCUGCGCACGUAUGUGGGAUGGCUUUCUGUGCUGGGAAGAGACACCACCGGUGACAUCUGUAACACAGAACUGUCCAGAUCACUUUGGCUUCGACCCCACUGAAAAAGUGACCAAAUAUUGUGACGAAUGGGGUAAUUGGGUCCAGACUGGGUCUACUUGUCAAUCUUCAAAGGACAUAUUGGAGAGAGAAGUCUCCCAUUUUUUAAGGGAUGCUGCAGAGGAGUUGACCGCAGUGGCUCACACAGAAAUGCGGGGUCUUACCGAAAAUCUUAUCCAUGAGAGCGAAAAUAAAUGCUUAAUGAAAAUGAACCAAGAUCCACCUUAUGUUCAAUCGGGGCCAUACUGCAGUCGUAUCUGGGAUGGCUGGCUGUGCUGGGACGAUACUCCGGCAGAAACCGAUGCCUUCCAAAACUGCCCCAAUUAUUUUGCUGACUUUGACACUACAGAAAAGGCAAUUAAGCACUGUGGAAAGGAUGGAAAGUGGUUUCACCAUCCGGAGAGCAACAAGAUUUGGACUAACUACACACUCUGUGUCACCACCGAUGAGAAGAGGAAGGCAGCCGCCCAGCUCUCAGGGGACACUGAGGUAGAACUUACCGAUGAGGCCACGGUGAGUCCCUUGGUGAACCGAGAGGAGCAGGAAAAGAGGGAACAGAAAAUCACCAACAGCCAAUACAAAUGCUUCGAGAAAAUUCAUCGAGAUCCACCUUAUAACAAGUCAGGUACAUACUGCAGCCGUAACUUCGAUGGGUGGCUGUGCUGGGAUGAUACUCCAGCAGGAACCUAUACCUCCCAAAACUGCCCUGAUUACUUUGCUGACUUCGAUCCCACAGAAUCAGCUACCAAGUACUGUGGGGAGGAUGGGCAGUGGUUUCGCCACCCAGAUACCAACAGGACUUGGUCCAACUAUACACUCUGCAACAAAAACACUCCGGCAAAGUUAAAGUCAGCGUACAUCCUGUUUUACAUGGCAAUUGUGGGUCAUGCUUUAUCUAUAGCCUCCCUGCUCAUCUCUCUGGCAAUCUUCUUCUACUUCAGGAGUCUGAGCUGUCAAAGAAUCACCCUGCACAAGAACCUCUUCUGCUCCUACGUUCUCAAUUCUGCCCUCACCAUCACCUACCUCGUAGGCGUGGUCAAUAAACUUGAAGUGGUGAAAAGAAAUCCGGUCGGGUGUAAGGUGUUACACUUUUUCCACAUGUACAUGCUGGGCUGCAAUUAUUUCUGGAUGCUCUGUGAAGGAAUCUAUCUGCACACGCUCAUCGUGGUGGCUGUUUUUGCAGAGGAGCAGCAUCUGCACUGGUACUACCUCCUGGGCUGGGGCUUUCCUCUAGUGCCUGCAUCCAUCCACGCCGUGGCAAGGAAAAAGUUUUUUGAUGACAACUGUUGGAUGAGUGUGGAAACCCAUCUGCUCUAUGCGGUCCAUGGUCCUAUAAUGGCAGCUCUGCUUGUGAACCUCUUCUUCUUACUGAAUAUUAUAAGAGUGUUGGUAACCAAAUUGAGAGACACGCAUCGUGCUGAGUCCCACAUGUACAUGAAGGCAGUGCGAGCCACCCUGAUCCUAGUGCCCCUGCUGGGAAUACAGUUUGUCAUUUUUCCUUGGAGGCCAGAGAACCGGCUGGCUGGAGAAGUCUACGAGUACAUCAUGCACAUACUCAUGCACUACCAGGGUGUUCUGGUGGCAAUAAUAUUCUGCUUCUUCAAUGGAGAGGUGCAGGCAGCUCUGAAGAGACAGUGGAUGCAGUACAAGACUCAGUGGGGCCAGAGACGAAAGGACCACUGCUCAAUGCGCUCCACCUCUUACACAGCCACCUCCAUCACAGAGGUACCCGCCUUCAGUUACCACCAUGACUGUAACAGCGAACACUUGAACGGACGUCAAACAGAGGACUCUGAACUAGUGGCAUUAAAAUCAGGAGAGGCAUACGCCUGA